AUGAUAUGGCGAUGCAGUGCUGGUGCUGAAUUGUUCUCUCUGAUGGCUCUAUGGGAGUGGAUAGCACUGAGUCUUCAUUGCUGGGUUUUAGCAGUUGCUGCUGUUUCGGAUCAGCAUGCCACAAGCCCCUUCGACUGGCUCCUCUCUGAUAAGGGACCCUUCCAUCGUUCACAGGAAUACACAGAUUUUGUGGACAGAAGUCGACAGGGAUUUAGCACAAGAUACAAGAUUUACAGAGAGUUUGGCCGCUGGAAAGUAAACAAUCUCGCUGUUGAAAGACGCAAUUUUCUUGGCUCCCCGCUGCCUCUUGCCCCUGAGUUCUUCCGUAACAUAAGGCUACUGGGACGCCGCCCAACGCUUCAGCAGAUCACAGAGAACCUGAUCAAGAAAUAUGGGACACACUUCCUACUAUCAGCUACCUUGGGAGGUAGGAGCACGGAGAAUGGCACAUUAUCUGUUGUGGAGCAGGAUCAGGACUACAGGGCUGGGGAUGAGCAGAGUGCUGCUGGGGAUCUGCCUGCCAAAUCGUGCCUGCUGGCGGCUGCUGUGGCAGGCGUGGGUCAGUCAAGCGGGACCAUGAGGACAGUAACAGAAACGCGGACUGGUCCUCUUGGCUGCAGUAACUAUGACAACCUAGAUUCUGUCAGUUCUGUUCUGGUUCAGAGUCCUGAAAAUAAGAUUCAGUUGCAAGGUCUUCAGGUCAUCCUGCCUGAGUACCUGCAAGAACAUUUUGUCCAGGCAGCUCUGAGUUAUAUUGCCUGCAAUUCAGAGGGAGAGUUCAUCUGCAAGGACAAUGAUUGCUGGUGUCAGUGUGGUCCCAAAUUCCCUGAGUGCAACUGUCCCUACAUGGACAUUCAAGCCAUGGAAGAAAACCUGCUCCGCAUAAGUGAAACUUGGAAUGCAUAUAACAGUGAAUUUGAAGAAUCCGAUGAAUUCAAAUUAUUUAUGAAAAGGCUGCCCAUGAAUUAUUUUCUGAACACAUCUACUGUAAUGCAUUUGUGGACAAUGGAUUCUAAUUUUCAACGUCGCUAUGAGCAACUAGAAAACAGCAUGAAGCAACUAUUUCUCAAGGCACAGAAGAUUGUUCACAAGCUCUUUGGCCUUAGUAAGAGAUGUCAUAAACAGCCACUCAUCCGUAUGCCAAAGCAGAGAUCCUCCAACUAUUGGCUCAAUCGCAUCCAAUCCUUUCUCUACUGCAAUGAAAAUGGCCUUCUGGGAAGCUUUUCGGAAGAGACCCACACAUGCACCUGCCCUAAUGACCAGGUUGCCUGCCAUGGGUUCCUUCCCUGCACAGUUGGAGAUGGCUCUGCUUGUCUGAGCUGCGCUCCUGACAAUCGUACCCGCUGUGGGAGCUGUAAUGCUGGAUACAUGCUAAGCCAGGGGAUUUGCAAGCCUGAAGUGGCAGAAUCAACAGAGCACUACAUUGGGUUUGAGACUGACCUUCAGGACCUGGAAAUGAAGUAUUUACUGCAGAAGACAGAUCGAAGAAUUGAGGUGCAUGCAAUUUUCAUCAGCAAUGACAUGCGCCUCAACAACUGGUUUGAUCCUUCUUGGCGCAAGCGGAUGCUCCUUACUCUUAAGAGUAACAAGUACAAGUCUAGCCUGGUCCAUAUGAUACUAGGCCUCUCUCUUCAAAUCUGCCUAACUAAAAACAGCACCUUAGAGCCUGUUCUUGCUGUUUAUGUCAACCCUUUUGGGGGCAGCCACUCUGAGAGCUGGUUUAUGCCUGUGAAUGAAAAUAAUUUCCCAGACUGGGAGCGGACUAAGUUGGACUUACCCCUUCAGUGUUAUAAUUGGACACUGACUCUGGGCAACAAGUGGAAGACAUUUUUUGAAACAGUACACAUCUAUUUGAGGAGUCGAAUAAAGUCAAACGGUCCAAAUGGCAAUGAAAGCAUCUACUAUGAACCCCUGGAAUUUAUUGAUCCCUCAAGAAAUCUGGGCUACAUGAAAAUCAAUAACAUCCAAGUGUUUGGCUACAGCAUGCACUUUGACCCAGAAGCAAUUCGAGACUUGAUUUUGCAGCUGGACUACCCCUAUACUCAGGGAUCACAGGACUCCGCACUUUUGCAGCUGUUAGAGAUACGCGAUCGUGUAAAUAAACUCUCUCCACCUGGUCAACGUCGUCUAGACCUCUUCUCUUGCUUGCUCCGUCAUAGACUCAAACUGUCUACCAGUGAAGUGGUGAGAAUUCAAUCUGCUUUGCAGGCAUUUAAUGCCAAAUUGCCAAACACAGUGGAUUAUGACACAACCAAAUUAUGUAGUUAA